ACAUCACAGUCUUGCGAGAAGCGAGACGAGACUUGUGACGUCGGGGGUUACCUGUCCGGCAGGAACCAAGGAGCGGGGUAUUCGGGGCUAUGCAGGACGUUUAAGCAGCGAUUCGGGACUGAGGCCUGUGUUAAGAAAAGCGGGACGGUCGAGCAGUGUGCCAUAGGCGAUACGAUUAUAUCGAUUCAGCGUGAGUGACCUGGGCCACUCCCCCCUCCCCUUGACUCCAGGUUGUUCUUUAACCAGGCGUCGGCUCUGUAGGGAUGAUGGGAACGGUAAACAGUAGCGAGAGGGGGUACAAAUCUUGCAUGUGAAGCAAUGCCUCGACCCAGCCCGGUGGCUGCCCCACGUGGCCGGACAUCACCCCUUAAUAACCAUGCUUCAGCCCUAAGAACCUCAGCAACGCCACCGGCAAACAAGUCUACCUCCAGGCAAAGGAGCCCCCCAGAAGACAUAACAUUCAUUUCCGGUUCAGCUGAAACACCUCCCGAGGAGCCACCCUGCUGCCCUUCAGUCUGCCGAGCAUGGGCUGCCUAUAAAGCUGUUUUGUGUUAUGUGGUGUCUUGCAGUCGCUGCCUUCAAAAAGACCCUGAUAUAUAUAUCGCAUACCCAUUGGAAGUCAGAGAUAUUGGACCCCACAAUGGUCAGCCUGCUGGCAGCCCUCAUCCUCCUCGUGCUAUUGAAAGGGGCAAGAAGGCUGGGCUUGGGAACAGCUUUAGUUAUCCAGAUGUUAAACUAUUGGGAGUUCCUGUUUACAAUAAGCAGCCAUGUUCAGUUAAUAUAGACACAGAGGCUACAAAAGACUACACCACUCCUGUUUCACAGCUUGCCCCUCGCAGCUCUGCAGGUGACUACUAUUCCUUGCAGGAGUCUGAUCCUGAACUUUCAAGGUGGAGCAGCUCCAUGUCCAGUGCAGAAAUAGAUGUGUUGAUAUGGCAAAAGCUGACUGAGCUGUUCAGUCUACAUCAAAUUGAUGAACUAGCAAGGUGUACCUCAGAAACUGUUUUCUUGGAGAAGAGCGGCAUGAUAACAGAUUUGAUUAACAGUCUGACACAGGAUUACCAGUUGGAAGAGCAGGAUGCAGAAUGCCGGCUGGUGCGGGGCAUUAUUCGUAUCAGCACUCGUAAAGUUCGUCCACGUGGGGGAGAAAAGGUAUACGGAGGGCAGCAGAAUAAUAGCCGAAAUGGAGGCAAGGCACCCGACAGUGGCAAUGACACCAUGCACGAGUCUGUACUUACAAGCCAGGACGAUCUGGACGUCCAGAUAUCAGAAGAGACAACAUCAGACCUCAAAGCAAGAAACAUGAGGAGAUACAGCACACCAGGAACACCUUUGUUGAAAGAUGAUUCUCUACAAGACACAGAGACAGAUUCUUCAGGAACACCUCUGCUAAAAGUAUAUUGUUAACUACUUAAAGACUAUAGAGCAAAAUCUUCUAAGCGAAGGUGCCACUCUGAAGUACAUAAUGGGUCUCUUGGUAAAGUGCAAUAUCAAACACAGGAUUAGCAUUCCUUUCAAAAGGCGAAGGACACAGCCUAUUGUCGCAUGCUACGGUUAUCCUGCUGCCCGGAUUCUGAUUUACCCUUAGUACUGAUUAAGGGGGAAACCUAUCUUUUAGAAUAUUUUAGACAACAGGACUGAAAUAAUGUUUGCUGUAUGAACGUUUAAAUGGGAUUUUUAAUGCCAUGCUCACGUGGAUUUUUUUUUUCUUUCAUAUAUAGACACUUUAUAGAACUUUCAGAUGGAUCUAAUUUUUCAUAUCACUUUCACCUGUUGGCAGAAUAUUUUGACUGUACACUUCAAAAGUGGGAACUUGAAAAUGAUAGCCUUGUUAGUAGUGAUGCUGCAAGAAAAGAAGAUGCCUGUAAGUAGGAAAAGCAAGGGCCAGGUUCCUACAUGGCCUGUGGAAAGGAGACAUACUAGGGUUAUUACAGUUCUCUUUUUGUACAUCCCACCUAUUAUAGGUUUUGGUAUUUCACGCAAGUACAGAGAAAAUGGUAUGUGGAAUAUGUAAAGUUUUAAUACAAUGCAUUCAGGAAACAUUACAGUGGGUGAAGCAGAAUCAUUAAAUAGAUACUUGUAAUAAAA